UUCAGGGCGGGGCCGCUCAGGGUUAAAGGGGCGACCACGGGUCGCCGCAGCUCGGCCGCGGGGAGACAAAGCGCCCGCUCGCAGCAGCCCAUCAAGCGGUUCCGGGCCAUGGGACGGAUAGACCCUCGCGCCAGAUCCGCAGCCAGGCUCCCAAGAGUACCUGCUACACAUUGGGCUCUCAAAUCCAGACAGGAGAACCCUCCCCUCCUGGAGCAGGCAUGAGUGACCCAGAUGAAGAACUAGAGGUCCAGAGAGGCUGACUGUGUGCACAGAGGUGACCCAGCCUGGGGACCGAGCUGACCUGUGAACCCAGUGAGCGGAGCACGGUGGGCACAAGGAGCUGUCUCGGGAAGUCGCUUAUGCAGAGAGACUGGCUUAGAGAGGAACAGCUGGGCCGGGUGGUGGCGGCGGCGCUCGCCUUUAAUCUCAGCACUGGGGAGACAGAGGCAGGCGGAUCUCUGAGUGUGAGGCCAGCCUGGUCUACAGAGGGACAAGCACAGGUCUUGCGGCCAUGAAGCUGAAUGAGCGAAGCCUCGCCUUCUACGCGACCUGCGACGCUCCGGUAGACAAUGCUGGCUUCCUGCACAAGCGCGGUGCGCGCGGGGCAGGCUCGCACCGGCGCUGGUUCGUGCUUCGUGGCAACAUGCUCUUCUACUUCGAGUCGGAGGCCAGCCGAGAGCCGCUGGGCGUCAUCCUGCUGGAGGGUUGCACGGUGGAGCUGGUGGAUGCCCGGGAAGAGUUUGCCUUUGCCGUGCGCUUUGCCAGUGGUCGUUCUCGGCCCUAUGUGCUGGCAGCCGACAGCCAGGCAGCCCUGGAGGGCUGGGUGAAGGCGCUGUCUCGAGCCAGCUUCCACUACCUGCGCUUGGUGGUGCAUGAGUUGGAGCAGCAGCUGGCCGCCAUGCGGGAGAGAAGCCCUGCCAACGCCUUGCCCACCAGCCCAAGCCCAGUCUCGAACUUGCGACCCAAGGAGAAUGGCCGGGCAGCGUGGAGCGUGCUGCCCGAAAAACCCACUGCAGCCCCCCAGCGCCCACCGCUGCCACCCCGUCGCAGGGCCUCUGCACCCAAUGGGCCCUUGGCAUCCUUUGCACAGCUGCAUGAGCGAUAUGGACUGGAGGUGCAGGCCCUAAGGAGCCAGUGGCGUGGAGGCCAGGCUGGCCUAGCCGGCCUGGAGGUCUGGCAUCCUUCUAGCUCUGGUGGGACUCAUACCCAGGACCAGCCGUAAGGGGCCUGCUGGCUGUGAGGAGAGGCUGAGUUCAGAGGACCCUAAGUACAGUACAGCUUGGACUCGAGCCAGGCUUCCAGGGGACACAGGACAUGUGACCUAGGAGACGAGACCUCUGGGGUCAGUGGCAAUUACUGCUACGAAGAACCUGGGGCCUCAACAUGCUUCAAGAGUUCAAGGAACUGGUUUCUAGAGAACUCUGCCCCAGGACAGCCCUGGAGCUGGCCACAGGCCCAUGGGGCCCAGAGUCUACCUGGUGCAGUGCCUCACAAGGAUCGGGAGGCCUGGGCCUGGCAGCUGCUUCCUGGGUUGCUCACGUGGGCCUGAGGCAGCAGGCAGAAGGCGGAGCUUAAACUGGAUAGGUCCCCAAGUCCCCUGGCUUGGAACCAGCUGAGGCAGGACUUUGUCCAGCCUUGGCUCUGCAGGGCCUUUGAGAGCCACCUGACCUCCAAUCCCGGGCUGUGGCCUAGCUUCCUCGAAGGUUUACCUGGAGGAGACAGACGCCUCCGGCUGACUCCAUGCCUGCAGGGGGACAGCCCAUGAGCUGCUUCCCGACACCCAGAUAACCCGUGGGCCCUCCCUGCUGGGUCCACUCUCACCACAGUGCUGGCUCUCUUCCAGAGUGUUGGGCAGGACAACCUGCCCCACCUGGGUCUCGUUUACAGUCCUCCUCAGUGCCCUGCCCUGGGGACCGGAGGACACUGACACUGCAAUCUCUGCAUCAGGUGGACAGAUUUCACCCUAGCCCUGAUCCUCUAUCCCGGGAGGCUCUGGGUUGGGGAUCUGAAGGUGCAUCUGCCACCAAGCCUCUUGACUCCCUGCUGGCUCAGGGGUCAGGGCUUGUCUGUGGGUUUUACUUUGAAGUAUAUAAGGCGUUGCAUUUGUCUUUUUUUUUUUUUUUUCAGCAGUCAAGUUUGGUAUCCAUACCCCCUCCUUGUUACUGUUGGCUGGCUGGAAGGGAUGGAAUUGUCCCCAGGGAGCCCAGCCCUAGCAGGAGACACACUGACGCCUAGCUGACUUGGCGUUUACCUGCCACUCUGUCCCCUGAAGUCUCUGGGGACUCUUUUCACUCUCCCAUUGGGUGGGGCUCAGGACUUACUGCUGGAGGGCUGAGGCAUAGACUUAGUCUGGGUUUACAAACUCUAAAGGUACGGGGCAGAAGGUGGGGGCAGGGAGGGAGAUGCCCACUUUUCCCAAAGCACAAAGAUCAAGUCCAGCUGACUCUAGGGCUAAGAGACAUCAGUCAUGGACAGGGUACGAGGGCCAAAAUAAAAUCUGGUCAAGUAA